CUCCACGCAUCUUCAUCGAGGACUAGCUAUCGAUGCAGACAGCCAUAAUGAUCGGAUCACUGCCUUCUUUGCACCACAACUGGUUUAUCACUACUGACCUUUGCAGUAUUACCUACAAUCCCCUUAGCCGAAUUCUGAGUACCAAUGACCCCAUCCGCACCAGAGAGCUCCUCAUGGCCGACUUUUCCUAUGCCGUGCUGUCAACCUUGGCCGUUGGGAGUGGCGACGACCCCCUUUGCGGCAACUUGGGCUGCAGUCGUCGCGUUUCCCGGCAUGCAGCAAGUAGCGCCACCUGCGAGACUGGUUGGUCUCUCGAUCGCUGGCUGAAGAAUUACAGGCCCGCUCUUACCCAGGAAAUUGGUGAUCACGAUUACCACAUGCUCUGGAUGGUCGUCCUGCUCCUUGCAGACCGGUACCUCGUACUUCAAGACAGCACGCUAGCCAACGUUCACCAGCAGUUCACAUACCAAUAUAGCUUCGUUAGCGGCUGGCUUCAACACUGGUCAACUCUGGAUGAAACGUAUCUGCUACAAGCCUUCACCCUCCUGGUAACCCUCGAUCAUAAUACCCUCUUCGACCUGAUCUGCGCCCAUGAAACAAGAAUCAUCCCACACCAAUCUCCGGGCGUCCAGCGCGGCAAGCAAUACGGCCCAGCUGUGUUCUUGCGCAUCACGUUUGCCAAUCACUCUUGCGCGCCCAAUGUGACGCACCAAGUCGACGACCUGCUGUACUCCUACUUUGACAUGUCUGAUUACGUUGAUCCAAAGGCACGUCGAAAUAAAACUCAGGCGUUGUUCAUUUUCACGUACUACCAGGUCUCCUCAACAAGAUCGACCAUUGCUCAAAUCCUCAACCACAUCGACUCCCAGCGAACUGCAGCACAGUACCUCUCCCACUUCACCACACCUCAGUCCCCUACACAGCAACCCUUCGCGGUCAUCAAGGUCGGCGGCGCGAUACUAGACACCCACCUUCAUACCCUCGCAUCAAGCCUCGCCUUCUUCAGUCGCAUGGGCCUUUAUCCCGUUAUCGUGCAUGGGGCCGGACCCCAACUCAACAAGAUCCUCGAGGAUGCAGGCGUGGAGCCACACUUCGAAGAGGGAAUCCGCGUGACAGAUGGCAAAACCCUAGCUCUUGCUCGGAGACUCUUCCUCGACGAGAACCUUAGAUUGGUUCAAGCGCUCGAGGAAAUCGGGGUUGAGGCGCGGCCGAUCACAGCAGGUGUGUUCCAGGCUGAGCACCUCGAUCAGAAGAGAUAUGGUCUUGUCGGACGGAUAACGAAGGUGGAGAUGGCGCCGAUUGUUUCGGCGAUGAAGGCGUCUUGCCUACCCAUUCUUACGUCUAUGGCCGAGACGAGGGAUGGACAGGUGCUUAAUGUGAAUGCAGACCUUGCGGCUAGUGAGCUGGCAAGGACAUUGAAGCCGAAGAAGGUGGUUUAUCUUGCUGAGAAGGGGGGCUUAGUGCAUGGGGUGACGGGGAAGAGGAUUGAGAGGAUUAAUCUCAGCGAGGAGUUUGAGGACCUCAUGGCACAGGAGUGGGUGAAGUAUGGGACGAGGUUGAAGAUUCGUGCUGUAGAGGAACUUUUGCGGGGGUUACCGGGUACGUCUAGUGUGUCGAUUGUCCAUCCCGUGGAUUUGCAGCGGGAGGUUUUUGCGGCCUCUGGUGCAGGGACUUUGAUUGAGCGCGGAACGAAGAUUUAUAGUACUACUUCUGCGGAGUAUAGGGAUGAGGAGAGGCUGGUACAUGCUUUGGCACGGCAGGGAGCUGGGGCCGACGAGGUGAGGUUUUGUGUGAAUGAGAUGCGGAGGAAUCGUCCGCUCAAGAUGUAUUUCAACGAUCCGUCAUCUCUGAGUCCGUUGGCCGUCGUCGCAUUUGGCUCUGGUGGCGCACCGCAUUUGAUUACGUUCCCGAAUGAGACUAUGGGUGCGGGUGCUGUUGCUGAUGAUAUGUUUGUUCGGAUCACCAAAGACUUUCCCCAGCUGGUCUGGAAUGUUCGUGAUGAUGAUGACAGGCUUGAGUGGUUUUCGGCUCGCGCAACGGGGAGGUUUCAGCAUGGAGGCUGGGUUAUGCUUUGGUACGGGUUGAAUCAACAGGAGGCCAGGCAGUUGAUAUUGGGGUUCCAGGAUGGUUAUGAGAGGGAUGGGGUGGGGUUGGGAACGGCUGAAGUCCAGGGACUCGCUGCUCAGGCAUGA